AUGGUGACCUCGAGCUUAGUGACCUCGAGAUGGACUAAGAGCAAUAAAAUAAGAACAGUAAAUGUAAAGGAUAGUAAAGACAAUUCUGAUGAACAAGGUGGAUCCAUUGAUUCUGGAAAGAGAAGACAUGCUUCUAUAUUUUCAAGAACAAUUUCUGCAUCCAAGCUUUGCAGAUGUGAUGCUAUGAGAUCACAAAUUGAUUCAGAUGCCAUUGUUUCUCUUGAACGAAAACCCACUAUUAAGCAUUCGUCCGAGAAUGGGAUCGAUAGACUUUUGAUCGUGCAAGAGCAAAUGGGGAAACUUGAGGAGGAGCUGAAAGAGACAAGAGAGCAAUUAAAUUUUGUUGAAGAAGAAAAGAAUAGAGCCAUUAAUGAGCUUAGUGAGAUGAAACAUGUAGCCUAUGAGAUUAAUGUGAAGGCAACUGAUGAAUUAUCGCCAAGGAAAUCAAGAGAACUUUAUGCAGAAAUUAGGAUUUUGAAGGAAAUGCUUACUCACAAACAAGAAGAAUUGAAGAUAAAAGAUAAGAAUAUCAAGUCUGUGAAGUUGGAGCUCGAAAAGGCGAGACAAUGUGAGCUCAAGUUACUAGAGAAAGAAACUAGUUUAGGGAAAGUGAAUGAAGGAUUCAAUCAUGUAAAAGCAUUCAAGAUUCACGUAACAGAUUGGUUGUCUGAUUUUAGAAGAAGGGUUCAAGAAUUAGAAGAUGAAUUGGAGAACAGGAAGUUAUCAGAGUCCAAAAUAUUUGAUGCUUGGUUGUCAAAGACAAGACAGUUUGAACAAAUCAAGAUUGAACUCUGA